AAGAUAAGCAUAUAAGUAAAGUAAGAAAAGUUGAAAGCAUUAGGAGGAAAAAAGUAAAAAGUUAAGUAAAUUUAGUAAGAAAAGAUAAGCAUAUAAGUAGUAAGAUUUAGCCCGAAAAUGAAAAUGCUGAAUGGAGAUGCUAAAUCAAGUUAGCCAUGAAGCGGAGACGAUAAAUGGAAACGUUGAAUGAAGAUGGUGGUGAUGACCCACCCGUGAAAAGUGAAUGUAAUACGUGAAAAAAAGUUCAUCUUCCCCGCGAUCUUUUGUUUACAAUGGCCUACCGCCUCAACGGAAACGUGCAAGACACCUGUGAAAGUGGCUCCCCUUGGGCGGCACGAAGUAACCUCGUGCUAAGAGAGCCCCAGCGAGACAUUCCUUCCCUGGACGCUCCUGAGGCAGCAUGGCAGCGACUCGGUCCUCGGCGGCGGCGGCGUGCGUGGUGCUCUGCGUCAUGGCCUGCGGCGUGCGCGGCUUUCAGACUGGAGGCGACACUGACGGGGAACUUCAGCCUCGACAGGGCCUGGGCGCCGAGGUGUCGUCAUUGUUGCAGCCGAGUGUGGCCCAGCUCAUUCAGGGACAGAACUCCCUUCCUCUCCCCCUCCAGCAACGGUCCCUUGCCGCUGCCGGGUUGGGUGCACAGCCACAAGGCUUGCAGUUAUCACUCCUGGGCCUCCUCGGUGGCCAGGGUCUGGCGGGCACACAGUUAGGGGGCCUUGGCUCGCCCUUGUACAACCUCGCAAACCAAGGGCUGCUCGGGGCACCCUUUGCGGCCUUGGGGACGGGACUCGGCGGGCCACAGCUGCUGGGUAACCCGGGAUUGGGCGGCGCACAGCUGCUGGGUAACCCGGGAUUGGGCGGCGCACAGCUGCUGGGUAACCCGGGGCUGCUUGGGAUGCUGUCCGGCGUCAACAGACUGGGCGGCCUGACAGCCACUGGCCAGCCAGGUGCAAGACAGCUGGGCAGCCUCUCGCCAGCCUUGGGGCUGCCGCUUCUCGGCCAGGCCCCGGCCAGGCAGGACAACCUUGGGGAGCUGAUUCGCCUUGCCAGCCUAUUAUCGGACGAGACGAGGAACCGCCGCAACACUCUGGCCACCCCUGGCACACGCAUCCAGCUGACGGGCUCCUUCAACACCCCCCCGCGGCACCCUCAUCCCCUGCACAGACUCCUCUCCCUGCCCGUGUCUGACCUGGAAACACCCAGUCUGUCCAGGCUGGACGACCACAGCUCUUAUACCACCUUGCGAGGCCUUGACCAUGAAAGCCUCAAUGAUGGUGGGACAAGGCGAAGUAGCUCUUCGCAUCCCACAGAGUUCGGUAGGGCUUUGCGCCGCCCUCAGCACCCCAUCCUGCCUUUGGCCACGGGCACGCACGGCAGAGAUCGUCAUGACAAUUUCAGGUUUCCUUCUCAGUAGGUGGGUUGUGGCGCCUUGACGUGGACGGCGGGUGGGUGGCGCGGCGGCGCGUGUCAGGCAUCGUCGCACCUCGUGGCGGGGCACUGCGAGGUCUGGCUGGCACGGCGAUUCAGUAUUUGUGACACGCCGCCAGAGGAGAAUGUUAGGUGGUAUUGAUGAUGCUGUGUGUGUGUGUGUGUGUGGUGUGUGUGUGUGUGUGUGUGUGUUUAGCGUUGAAAGCUCAUUACAGUGGACUGGUUAACUAUCUCCGCCAUUUUAUUAGUUGAAAAAAUGAAACUAUCUGCGGUU